AUGUUUCGCAAAAUUUAUAGAAAGCUAGUGAACAACGACUCGACAGCGAACAGGUCUAUUCCAACCGGCGGAAACAAAAAACAGAAAGUCGCAGGCAGGAAGAAGAAGAAGACCCCCAACAAGAAAAGUCAACCUGAAGUUGCCCCCCUUCCGCCAUCGAAAGAUAUUGUUUAUUCUGAUGAAGAGUCCCAAGCCGAGACACAAUCAUCUCAAGCACGAUCAACGCAAGCUCCGCAACGACUGGGUGCCAGCCAACGAAUAGUGAGGAGAGCUAGAUCAGGCAGAAGAAGUGUUCGCCGAGUACCAAGCUUACAUCGCGUACGGACUGGCAAAAAUGUUAAUGUACGGGGUGCGGAAAACCCUCACGAUGAGCCUCCUCCUGUUCCUUAUGCUUUUCCGUAUCAGCCAAUUUCUAAACCCGCCAGCCAGCAACCCUCUCAAAGCGGUUAUCCAUUUAUACCAAACAGAGUUUCGUCCCACUUUCUCAAUAACCCAGUGGUCGAGAGUACUACGCCUUCACCAACAUUGCAUGUCUAUAAACGACGUAGCGGAGCACGAGGCGAUGAAGAUGAUCAGCCAUACAAGAAUCCAUCAGAAUCGACCAGCUCACUGACAUUGAGUAUCGAUUGCGAGUCGAUCGAUAAAGCUGUACUAGUUGAGCCGCUGCUGGUAAAGAAGAUCAGGGAUAUUGAUGUUGGAAUAGAACAAUUAGAAUAUAGAGAUAUGUCGAAAACGAGACCUAGACCUGCUAUAAGAGAUGUUAACCAAAUCUCCUCGAGCGACAUAUCCACAGCCACAAGAGAAUCCUUCUCAUCCUCUUCAGUGCAACCGGGUAAUUUAUCCUUACCCCCAACGCCUCCUCCCGAGUCAUCACUUGCCGCCAUUGUUAUCGAUGAAUCAAGGGGUCAUACUCAAUUCGUUCCAGAAUCUUUACUAUUCGAAAGGCAGUCUAUAGCUUCUGUUGGCGGUCCCCCAUCUACAUCGCCGUUGUCAGAAUCCCUUUCCCAUGCAUGCCCGCUCAUAUUCGAACCAGACUCUCUGCCACAGCGUCCAACCUGGUGUCAACACUGCAUGAUAAAGGAGUUUCGGGACAAAUUUUCUUCAUGGACUUCUGGAAAUGAGUUCAUGGAUGCAUUUAUACGCCGAACACAGAUGCGAGCAAAGAAUUCUCACGCGUAUGCCGAAUGGAUUCCGUUUGAAGAGUUUGAAGACGUAAAGUUUAUAGGACUUGGUGGAUUUGGAACGGUUUAUGAAGCGGUAUGGAAAACUGGGCCCAAGUGGACUUGGGUUGUGGAAAAUAUAGAGGUGGAUGGACGUGCGAUGAUGAGGGCUCGGUGGAAACGAAUGGGUCCGCGAAAAGUUAUCCUAAAACAUUUAAAUUGUUCCAGGGACAUUGGUCAGAAAUCGCUUAACGAGCUUUUUAUGUACUUCCGUUCACUCGCACCUCAUCCACAACUGCUCCACUGCUUUGGCGUAACAAGACCGUUAACUAGUACCGAUUACAUGUUUGUUCUCGACUAUGCGGACAUUGGAAAUUUAAGACAAUGUCUAAGUAAAUCGCACGCCCAGCUUGCUUGGCCAGAUCGUUUAUUAAUGUUGAUAGAAAUUGCAACGGCAUUGGAGGCCAUGCAUUCUUGUGGGAUUGUUCAUAGAGACUUGCAUUCUGGCAAUAUCUUGUUGAUGGAUUCAAAUGGCAGCGUGCGCGUAUGCGUGUCAGAUAUAGGAUUAUGCAUGUUGAUAAAGAAUACAAAGAAAUGUGGGGAGAAACAAGACGAGGAGGACGGUAAUGAAGAUUCCGACGUUAUUGGUGUAAUGCCAUACCUGGCUCCUGAUAUUCUUUGCGGGGGUUCAUGCGACGCUGCUGCCGAUAUGUACAGUUAUGGUGUGGUUAUGUGGGAAUUUGCAACUGGAGAACUUCCUUUUGCAGACAUUCCACACGAUAUAAUGCUCGCUAAAAGAAUUACCGAGGGUCUUCGACCAGAAAUUGACGACCACGUUCCUGCUUGCUAUGCAGAAUUGAUGGCAGAAUGUUGGAACGAUGAUCCAGAAAAAAGACCUACGGCAAAGAAGAUAAUUGAAAUAUUGAAAUCGUGGCGUGCGAUAAUAUUAGAAGGAGACAACACGAACGUAAAGAGUAUGAAGAGAAUUAAACUCAGGGAGACGAUUUUGAGCCAGUUUAUGAAGGCUGACCUGCAAAGAAUUGAAUUGUUGGAGAAUGCAGAAGAGGAUAAAAAAGACUUUAUACACCCAGACGCAAUAUACGUGUCGAGGAAGUUUGAGUUUCACAAAUCGCCCGAAUUCUUUAUGUAG